AUCGAUUUCUGUGUACGGUGGUUACCGUAAACCCAAGCACAGCGGUGACACGAGUAUGAGCAUCUCGACUCAUGGCACCCUUACAAAAGAAGCAGCAGACUCUCUCCUCGUUCUUCAAGAAACCGACUUCGACGCCACCGUUUGCCUCGUCUCCGCUUCCCGAUGGCAACGAUGAUAUCUGUCUGCCCACGGCCAAAAGACGGAAGAUAUCGCCCAUCACCGACUUGCCACGUACUUUUCACGACGAAGAGAAUGGAAUCGACGAAGAGCCUGUGAGAACCUUGCGGCCGAUAGCUGCCAAUGGUCAAAUAAAUGCCACGACCGCAGUUGAGCCUCCAACCCCAGGCCGAACCUCGAAGUACAUCUUCUCAUCCUCGCCUCUACAGGAGAACCAUGAUGUCGAAGUGGUUGAUAAUGCCGAGAAGCGCCGCAGAGAGGAGCUUCAUCGGAAAUUCGUGAAGAAGUUGGGCAAACCUGAUAGCAUCGCUGAAAUCAAAAGGCGAAAUCGUGCAUUAGAAGAGGACACUGGCAACGACGAACAUGAAGAUGCAGAGGAUGAGCACGUGGAAGAGCCACCAAAGGCUUCAGCUCGGUCGAGAGUUGGUACGAAGAGGGGCGGCAACAAAUUGACACCAAUGGAAAAGCAAGUUAUCGAGAUCAAGAAGGCUCAUAUGGAUACUUUGCUGGUCGUCGAAGUUGGCUACAAAUUCCGCUUCUUCGGCGAAGAUGCCAGGAUAGCGGCCAAAGAACUGGGCAUCGUCUGCAUUCCUGGAAAGUUUCGAUACGACGAACAUCCCUCAGAAGCGCAUCUGGACCGUUUCGCCUCUGCCAGUAUUCCGGUCCAUCGACUGCACGUCCAUGUCAAGCGGUUAGUAGCUGCAGGUCACAAGGUGGGCGUUGUACGUCAGCUUGAGACUGCUGCCUUGAAAGCUGUUGGCGACAACAGGAACGCACCAUUCGUCCGAAAGCUCACGAAUUUGUACACGAAAGGUACCUACAUCGACGACAUUGAGGGUAUCGAGGAAGAUACCAGAGCCAGCCCCGCUCCUCAGUCUCCUUCGACUGGAUUCCUAUUGUGCAUGACAGAAAUCAAUGUCAAGGGCUAUGGCAACGAUGAAAAGGUCCAUGUUGGUCUUCUUGCUGUUCAGCCAGCUACUGGUGACAUUGUCUAUGACGAUUUCGAAGACGGUUUCAUGCGAAGCGAGAUCGAGACGCGACUUUUACAUAUCGCUCCUUGUGAGUUUCUAAUUGUUGGCGACCUUUCAAAAGCGACGGAGAAGCUGGUUCUGCAUCUGUCAGGGAGCAAGACCAAUGUAUUCGGGGACAAGAUCCGAGUUGAGCGAGUUGCGAAGGGGAAGACGAUGGCCGCCGAAGCGCACAAUCACAUAUCCUCGUUUUACGCCGAGAAGCUGAGAGCAAGUCAAUCUGACCAAAACAAAGCAGCGAAGAUAUUCGAUAAGAUCUUGGGUCUUCCUGAAAAUGUCUGUAUUUGUCUGUCGGCCAUGAUCAACCACUUGUCCGACUAUGGACUUGAGCAUGUCUUCCAGCUUACGAAGUAUUUCCAGCCAUUCUCUGCACGCUCACACGUGCUGCUGAAUGGCAAUACCUUGACGAGUCUCGAGAUUUAUCAGAACCAAACUGAUCACAGCACAAAGGGAAGUCUUUACUGGAUGAUGGAUCGGACGCACACGAAGUUUGGCGGCAGACUGCUUCGGAAGUGGGUUGGCCGGCCCCUUCUAGAUCGUCGACUGAUCGAGGAGCGGUUGGAUGCGGUCGAGGAAAUGCUUGACACCGACAAAGCAAUUGGCGUCGACAAACUGAGACGGGUCUUGUCCAAGAUCCGGACAGACCUGGAGAAGAGCCUUCUAAGAAUAUAUUACGGGAAAUGUGCAAGACCGGAGCUGUUGAACGUUCUUCAGUCAAUGCAGUUCCUGGCCACCGAGUUCGCAUAUGUGACUGACGCAGCUUCCACUGGUUUCGAGUCUCCCCUGAUCUCGUCAGCCAUGACUUCGCUGCCGCUGAUACUGACCGAAGUCCUGGCAUACCUUGAGAAGAUCAAUCUGCAAGCUGCAAAGUCAGAUGAUAAAUACGAUUUCUUCCAGGAUGCUGCAGAAACGGACGCCAUUACCGAGCACAAGAUGGGCAUCGCUAGUGUCGAGCAUGAUCUUGACGUGUUUCGCACAGCGGCGGCUGAAAAACUGGGCAAGAAGCGACCAAUCGACUAUGUGACCGUGGCGGGAAUCGACUAUCUGAUCGAAGUUGACAACAACUCUGCCACCAUCAAGAAAGUACCUGCAUCGUGGAUCAAGAUCUCGGGCACGAAAAAGUCGUCUCGAUUCCAUCCACCUGAUAUUGUCACACUCAUUCGAGAACGAGAUCAGCACAAAGAAGCCCUCGCAGCAGAGUGCGACAAAGCAUUCAAAGACCUACUAGCGGACAUCAGCACGCAAUACCAGCUAUUUCGCGACACGAUCCAAAGUCUGGCGACGCUCGAUUGUCUCCUGUCGCUAGCCAAUGUCGCGUCUCAACCCAGCUACGUGCGGCCAACCCUCACUGACCAGAUCAGGCUCGACGUCGAGGGCGCUCGGCACCCGAUGGUCGAGCAGCUCCUGAUCGACGCGUACGUGCCGAACGACAUCUCCAUCGCGCACGAUCAGACACGAGCCUUGUUGGUUACUGGGCCCAACAUGGGCGGCAAGUCCUCGUACGUACGGUCCGUGGCGCUGAUCAGCAUCAUGGCGCAGAUCGGAUCGUUUGUACCUGCCAGCUCGGCGACCAUGGGCAUCUUAGAUGCAGUGUUCACGCGAAUGGGCGCCUUCGACAACAUGAUGUCCGGCGAGAGCACGUUCAUGGUCGAACUCAGCGAGACGAGCGACAUCUUGAAGCUGGCUACGGAGAAAUCCCUCGUUGUGCUUGAUGAAUUGGGCCGCGGGACCAGCACGCACGACGGUGUCGCUAUUGCGGCGAGCGUGUUGGAUUACUUGGUCCGCGAGAAGCGCUGUCUCACGCUAUUCAUCACGCAUUACCAGAUGCUUGCACGGAUGGCGUCGGGAUUUCCGGCCGGUGAAUUGAAGAAUGUGCAUAUGCGGUUCACGGAGGAAGAUGAUGAGAAUGUCACGUUCUUGUAUGAGGUUGGCGAGGGCGUUGCCCAUAGAAGUUACGGCUUGAAUGUGGCGAGGUUGGCUAAUAUCAGCGAGUCGGUGAUUGAGGUUGCAAAGGGGAAAAGUGCUGAGCUUGAGACUACUACGAGGGCGAGGCAGAUGGCUGGGCUGGCAAGCGUGCUUGUUGGAGACAAGUCGAGCGACGCGGAUAGGCUGGACGCGGUCAUUGAGGGGAUCGAGAUGUUGUGAGUGCUGCACUUGUAGCGCUUGUGUCGACAGACGGUCUUGCUGGAGAAGGAGCAUUGGUAUUGCCCUCCUGAAGGACAAUUCGACAUCAAGAGAAGAUAGGGUUUAUGAGUCUGUAUUUGCAGUGAGUAAUAGUACGA